CGCCGGGCUCCCGCCUAUAAAGGGGCAGCUGGGCGAGGCUCGCGCGGCUGUCUGCAGAGGGCGCUCUCGUAAUUGGCGUCCGCCGACCUGCGCCUGCGCACUGUGGGCCGCGCCCCGCCCCCUGCCCCGCUGCCCUCAGCCGGCCGGCCGGCCCCUCCUCGGCCGCGAGCCCUCGUCCCGCUCAGCCGCCGCUCCGUCCCGCAGCAGCCUGCCUAGUGUCCGGCAGCAUGUUCAGCUGGGUGAGCAAGGAUGCCCGCCGCAAGAAGGAGCCGGAGCUCUUCCAGACGGUGGCCGAGGGGUUGCGACUGCUGUACGCGCAGAAGCUGCUGCCGCUGGAGGAGCACUAUCGCUUCCACGAGUUCCACUCGCCCGCGCUGGAGGACGCUGACUUCGACAACAAACCCAUGGUGCUCCUGGUCGGCCAGUACAGCACCGGCAAGACCACCUUCAUCCGCCACUUGAUCGAGCAGGACUUCCCGGGGAUGCGCAUCGGGCCGGAGCCCACCACCGACUCCUUCAUCGCGGUCAUGCACGGCCCCACCGAGGGCGUGGUGCCGGGCAACGCGCUCGUCGUCGACCCGCGGCGCCCCUUUCGCAAGCUCAACGCCUUCGGCAACGCCUUCCUCAACAGGUUCAUGUGUGCACAGCUGCCCAACCCGGUCCUGGACAGCAUCAGUAUCAUCGACACUCCCGGGAUCCUGUCUGGCGAGAAGCAGCGCAUCAGCCGAGGUUAUGACUUUGCGGCUGUCCUCGAGUGGUUUGCUGAGCGCGUGGACCGCAUCAUCCUACUCUUUGACGCCCACAAGCUGGACAUCUCAGACGAGUUCUCAGAAGUUAUCAAGGCCCUCAAAAAUCACGAGGACAAGAUCCGUGUGGUGCUGAACAAGGCGGACCAGAUUGAGACCCAGCAGCUGAUGAGAGUGUACGGGGCUCUCAUGUGGUCGCUGGGGAAGAUCAUCAACACCCCCGAGGUGGUCCGGGUCUACAUUGGCUCCUUCUGGUCACACCCAUUGCUUAUCCCUGACAACCGGAAGCUCUUCGAGGCAGAGGAGCAGGACCUCUUCAAAGACAUCCAGUCUCUACCCAGAAAUGCUGCCCUUAGGAAGCUCAAUGACCUGAUCAAGCGGGCCAGGCUGGCCAAGGUCCAUGCCUACAUCAUCAGCUCCCUCAAGAAGGAGAUGCCCAAUGUCUUUGGGAAAGAGAGCAAGAAGAAAGAGCUGGUGAAUAACCUGGGAGAAAUCUACCAGAAAAUCGAGCGGGAGCACCAGAUCUCCCCUGGCGACUUCCCGAGCCUGCGCAAGAUGCAGGAACUCCUUCAGACUCAGGACUUCAGCAAGUUCCAGGCCUUGAAGCCCAAGCUGCUAGAUACAGUGGAUGAUAUGCUGGCCAACGACAUAGCCCGGCUGAUGGUGAUGGUGCGCCAAGAGGAGUCCCUGAUGCCCUCACAGGCUGUGAAGGGAGGGGCUUUUGAUGGCACCAUGAAUGGGCCCUUUGGGCAUGGCUACGGAGAGGGGGCUGGCGAGGGCAUCGAUGAUGUUGAGUGGGUGGUUGGCAAGGACAAGCCCACCUACGACGAGAUCUUCUAUACGCUGUCUCCUGUCAAUGGCAAGAUCACCGGUGCCAACGCCAAGAAGGAGAUGGUGAAGUCCAAGCUGCCGAACACCGUGCUGGGGAAGAUCUGGAAGCUGGCUGACGUGGACAAGGAUGGCCUGCUGGAUGAUGAGGAGUUUGCCCUGGCCAACCACCUUAUCAAGGUCAAGUUAGAAGGCCAUGAGCUACCUGCUGACCUUCCUCCACAUCUCAUCCCACCCUCCAAACGGAGGCAUGAGUGACAGCUGUGCUGACACACCCCCAAGCUCCAGGGCCCUGGCACUUUCUACCUGCCAGCGCCUUGCCUGCCCAUGUGGGCCUGAGCCCGGAGGGGCAGAGAUUUGGGGAGGGAAAGGGUCACCAUCUUUCAAGGUCCAUAAAGACUGAGCAGCGUUUCCUCAGCUCUUGAAUAGGAAAACCACCAUCUUUCUUUUAAAGCUGUCGGGGGUUCAGCGGGGAGGCAUGGGUGAUGCUUGGAUGUGCACAAGAACCAUGAAUAUUUUUAAUAUAUAAUGUUAGAGGCAGCCUUC